AUGAUUGUGUGGGUGAUGUUGACUGUGAGCUGGUGUUAUCAAAAAUUUUUAGGUUCGGUUUACAAAGUGACCAAGGACCAUAGCAAAUAUGCUCUCAAGGAAAUCCAAUUGACAGAACAACUGAAUGAAAAUGAGAAGAAAUAUCUCAGAGAGCUGUCAAUCAUAAAAGAGCUGAAAAACAGCCAUGUGGUCGGGUAUGUCAUGUCGUGGACUUCACCCACCGUUACAUACAUAAUGAUGGAGUUGUGUGAAUGCGAUCUCAAUGUAUUGAUUGAGUCAAUGACAGCCAUAUUUAAAUGCGCCGACAAUGUAGAGCCCAACCAUUUCGAGUACUUCGUGUCGUAUCAUAUAUUUCAUGAGAUAUCACUGGGAGUCCAUUAUAUUCACACCCAAACACCCCCUAUAAUGCAUCGGGACCUUAAACCAACAAACAUCCUGAUGGCCAGCGAUGGUAGUUUGAAGCUAGGUGAUUUUGGGUUGGCUAAGGUUAAGGACAAAGGGACGGUGACAAACACGGUAGGGGUGGGCUGCGAGGCUUAUAUAGCGCCUGAAGUUAGCAAACCUGAACGAUUGCACCACCACUACAAUGAAUUGUGUGAUAUGUAUAGCUUGGGCAUGAUUGGACAGACACUUUUAAUCUUGAUAAGUUUGGCUAUACCAAAUGAUAGUGACUCGCAAAGAAUUACAGGUUUGCGCGAUAUAAUGAACCAGCUCAUUCACCGCACACCUAAUAAAAGACCAAAUAGUGUGAAACUGUUGGAAAUGUUGAGCAAAAUUGACAAAAUGGAUGAUAAGAAAGUUUUGGGUGAAUACAAGGAUUAUGAAAAUGAUAGUAAUAGCUCAUUGCUUCUCACAAUUGCCUUAAAGGACCAUAUCAACUAUGCUCUCAAGGAAAUCCAAUUGACAGAACAACUGAAUGAAAGUGAGAAGAAAUAUCUCAGAGAGCUGUCAAUCAUGAAAGAGCUGGACAACAGCCAUGUGGUCGGGUAUGUCAUGUCGUGGACUUCACCCACUGUUAUAUACAUAAUGAUGGAGUUGUGUGAAUGCGAUCUCAAUGUAUUGAUUAAGUCAAUGACAGCCAUAUUUAAAUGCGCCGACAAUGUAGAGCCCAACGAUUUCGAGUACUUCGUGUCGUUUAGUAUAUUCUAUGAGAUAGCACAGGGAGUCCAUUACAUCCACUCAUUCAAACCGCACCCCAUUAUGCACCGGGACCUCAAGCCAUCCAAUAUUCUAAUGGACAGGAAUGGCGUAUUGAAGCUAGCAGAUUUUGGUCUGGCUAAGGUGGUAGAAGGGUCGGUGACACAUACAUCAGUAGUAGGUGCCGCUUUUUAUAGGGCGCCCGAAGUUGAAAAAGGUUCGCCUAAUCUUCACUACAAACAGUCGGCCGAUAUGUAUAGCCUGGGUAAUAAUAGCUCACUACUUCUCACAAUUGCCUUAAAAGACCUGAAGCCUGAUGAAUUGACUGCUGAUGAACUGAGAGAGUUGUCAAUCAUGAAGAACCUGAAGGAUAAUCAUGUGGUCGAGUAUAAGAUGUCGUGGACUAGGGAUGGCUUUUCAUACAUAUUGAUGGAGUUAUGUGAAUGCGAUUUGAAUGCAUUGAUUGACUCCAUGAAAGGGCUGACCAAAUGUGACGACAAUGUAGAGCCCAACCAUUUCGAGUACUUCGUGUCGUUUAGUAUAUUCCAUGAGAUAUCACAAGGAAUCCGUUACAUCCACUCAUUCAAACCCUAUCCCAUUAUGCACCGGGACCUCAAACCAUCCAAUAUUCUAAUGGACAGGAAUGGUGUAUUGAAGCUAGCAGAUUUUGGUCUGGCUAAAGUGUUGUCGGACAAGGGGUCGGUCACACACACGGCCGGUGUGGGCUCGGAGGGGUUUAUGGCACCGGAAAUAAGUCAUAGCAGUAAUAAUCAUCACUACAAACAGUCGGCCGAUAUAUAUAGCCUGGUUUAUCCGAAGCAAGUUGCUCGACCAAAUAGUGCUGAGCUGCUAGAAAUGCUGAGCGAAAUUGAGCCAGUUGAUAUGGAAUCAGUUUUGACCAAGUACCUGGAUUAUACUGAUUAUACUUAUAAUAGUGGAUCCGAAACAGAGACAGCGGACGAAGAGUUUGAUUAUGAAGAGUAUGAAGAGGACUUUGGCUUAAACACAACAGAAGACACAGAAAUCGAUAUUCCAGAAGAAGAGGAAGAAACAGAUGAUUGGGUUUCAGAUGAAAAGACAUCUCCAGAUAAAUGGCUUUCCUUAUUCACACUUAAAAGUGGCCCUAAAUUAGAUCCAAUUCCUUCAGAACCUAUUGAUAUGAAUUGA